AUGACAGAUUAUGGGAUACAGGCAGAUAGAGGUAUGCGGCCCGGUAAUUACGGCCAUGCAUCCUCCUAUCAGCGAGAUACAGCAUUUUCAAAUAUCUUUGGCUCUGCUCCUCCCCCAGGCCGAUCACAGACUAUGACUUCUCAAACCGUUCAGCCUUCUCAAGAGCGUACCACCACCAUGAGCUCUCAAAUGUCUUCCACUGGAUAUUCAAACCCUGCUUCUGCCGCGCGACGACCUUCACCUCAAGAUCGGCAUCAGCCGAAUGGAUAUCCUCCUCCCAGUGCCAACGGAUACUAUCCUCCACAAAGACAAAGCAGCGGUUUGGUCCAGCCCCAACCACAACCGCAAUAUCUGCCUCAGCCCCUAAAUUCUGCAAGCCGGCCCUACCCUCAACCACAGAGACUUGAUUCACGCCAACCGCCAUCUUUGCAGUACAACAGACCAAUUCCGAACCGUGGGUACCCUCAAAACGUUGCAGACUCUUACAAACCGAUCCCAAAUCGUGGUUAUCCUUCACAGCCAGCGCUCAACACCGAUCCGUACCGGAGUCAAUCCAUGGCUAACAUUCGAGCCCCUUCAUAUAACAUGCCUCCAAGCAACCAUCAACCUGCGAACAACUACAAUCAAGCUGCUGCGAACUCUUUCCGGCAGCAACCUUACCAAUCCUCCAUAUCAAGAACAACAGCCCAAGGUCGGAUCGUACCAGAGAGGCAUGACGAACGAGCGAUGUCAAUGAAUUCCUUCUCUUUGGAAAGAGACCAUAGCCAAACCAUGAGCGGAAGGGUCAUUCCAAAUAGACGGAGGGAGUCUGAGGCAGAAUCUCUGCCUGACGAUGCUUCUACCUUGCGAGAGACUCCUUCGAGAACAUCAACCCUUACUGGACCCGAUCCACGGUCUAGAACAGUGAGUCCGGAAAGUGCGCCGUCAAGAACGAUGUCCAUGGCAUCCACCAUCGUCCCGACCUCAGAACGAAGUAAUUCCCUUGUACAUCGCCCGUCUGUACAAAAGAAUUCGAGCACAACGAGUAAUGCGAUUGUUUCAGCUCAGAAUAGAGCACCGCUUGUUUAUCCAGCAUUGUUGUCUAGAGUGGCGGAUGCUUUUCGCGAGAGAAUCGCGCCCGGAGACCGGAAAAAGAAUGAGUUGUCUUAUACGUUUGCUUUCACUGGAUCUGAGGCGGUAGACUUGAUAUCAUACAUUAUUAAGACUACAGAUAGGAAUCUUGCACUUCUUCUAGGGAGAUCCCUGGACGCACAGAAGUUUUUCCAUGAUGUAACCUACGAUCAUCGCCUCAGGGACUCCCCAACCGAAAUAUAUCAAUUUAGGGAGCAGCUGAUGGAUGAUACAUCAACCCACGUGAACGGCGUCUUCACCCUUCUGACUGAGUGCUAUUCUCCCACAUGCACGAAAGAUAAGCUAUGCUACUCUAUUGCAUGUCCAAGGCGUCUCGAACAGCAAUCAAGGCUGAAACUCGAGCCACGUCCCGGUUUAAAGCGUCAGCAAUCGACAGCCAGUCUGCAUGCAGAUGAGCCUGAUGAGCAGAAGCUUUGGAUCAACACCGUCUCGCAAGAAGUCGCUGACAGUGUGGAUGACAAAGAGAAGAAACGUCAGGAGAUCAUAUCUGAAAUUGCGUAUACUGAGAGAGACUUUGUCAAAGAUCUUGAAUAUUUACGGGAUUUCUGGAUGAGACCCUUACGCUCCACCAAUCCUUCGAAUCCUUCUCCUGUUCCUGAAAGACAUCGAGAGCGGUUUGUGAGAACUGUUUUCUCGAACUGCAUGGAGGUUCAUGCGGUCAACGCAAAGCUAGCGGAGGCAUUGACAAGAAGGCAACAAGACAAUCCGGUGGUUCGGAAUAUUGGAGAUGUUUUUGUCGAAUUCGUGCCACGUUUUGAUCCUUUCAUUAAGUAUGGUGCAAAUCAAUUAUGGGGGAAAUAUGAGUUCGAGAGAGAGCGCGCACACAACCCAGCCUUCCAGAAGUUCGUAGACGAAACCGAACGUUUAAAAGAGUCGCGGAAACUAGAAUUGAAUGGCUACCUCACCAAACCAACGACGAGACUAGCUCGAUACCCGUUACUCUUGGAAGGCAUCUUAAAGAAUACCUCGGGCGAAAAUCCUGAUACGAAAGACAUUCCAAAAGCCAUUGUCAUUAUCAAGGACUUCCUUACAAAGGUCAAUGCCGAGUCAGGAAAAGCUGAGAACCAGUUCAAUUUGAGGAUGCUUCAACAACAGCUGAUAUGGGGCCCUGGCCAGAAGAGUGACUUAAAACUCCUCGAGGAGAACCGCGAACUCGUCUUCCGGGGGCCAUUGAAGAAGAGCCCAACAGACUCAAGUGAAAUCAUGGUGUACUUGUUUAAUCACGCGUUGCUUUUUGCGAGGCAAAAAACCAACAACAGGCAGGAGGAGCUUCGUGUCUACAAAAAGCCAAUUCCUCUUGAGCUUCUGAUGAUUAUCCAGAUGGACGAGGUUAUUCCCAAACUCGGCAUAGCCAAACGCCCAUCGUCCAGUCUGAUACCCGGUGUGAAGGCUGCUCCGAACAACCCUAAGGCCGCAGGCGGCGCGAAGGAGGGCUUUCCAAUUACCUUCCGACACAUUGGACGAGGAGGCUUCGAAACGACUCUGUAUGCAAUGUCACAGAUUUCGCGUAGGAAGUGGAUGGAGGCUGUAGAAGCACAGCAAAUCAAACUACGGGAUAGAGGUAAUUUUUACACGAAGACCGUGCUGUGUGAUGAUUACUUUACAAGCGCUCACAAGGUCAACUGCCUGGUACCUAUCGAUGGUGGCCGGAAAUUGGUUUUCGGCACAGAUACUGGAGUGUAUGUCAUGGAUCGGAAACCCAAGUCAACAGGCGCCAAACCCAAGCGAGUCCUUGAUGCUGGCUCUGUCACGCAGAUUGAUGUGCUUGAGGAGUAUCAGCUACUGCUCGUCCUUGCUACCAAGAGCCUGCUUUCGUACCCUCUGGAAGUUCUAGACACUGCCGACAGCCAAUCUCCUAUGCUCAAGAGACCAAAGAAAAUCCAGAAUCAUGCGAAUUUCUUCAAAGCUGGAGUGUGCAUGGGUCGCCACCUGGUAUGCUCAGCCAAGAUGUCGGGCAUCUCCACGACUAUUAAAGUUUACGAACCUUCUGACGCAAUUACCAAAAACAAAAAGAAACCCGCAAUCGGACGCAUGUUCCAGGGCAAUCAAGAUGCCCUCAAACCUUUCAAGGAGUUCUACGUUCCUGCGGAGUCGACUUCGGUGGAUUUCCUCCGCAGCAAGCUCUGUGUCGCUUGCUCUCGCGGCUUCGAAGUUGUCAGCCUUGAAACACUUGAGACGCAACCUCUCCUGGAUCACGCAGAUACGUCUCUGGAUUUUGUGACGCGUAAGGACGUGGUACCAAUAUCGAUUGAGCGGCUUAAUGGGGAAUUCCUCUUGCAUUACAACGAGUUUUCCUUUUUUGUCAACCGCAAUGGGUGGCGGGCAAGACCGGAUUGGAAGAUUGACUGGGAGGGCAAGCCGACGUGCUUUGCCCUCAGCCAUCCGUAUCUAUUAGCAUUUGAACCUGGGUUUAUUGAAAUACGGCAUUUGGAGACGAGCGCAUUGGUGCACAUCAUUACUGCGAAGAAUAUUCGAAUGUUACAUGCCAGCACGAGAGAGAUCCUGUACGCUUAUGAAGACGAUGGUGGGGAGGAUGUCGUGGCGAGCUUGGAUUUCUGGAGCAAACCACCAGCUCCGUAG